CGUGGUUUGGGAUUGGGCCACAGUGACAGUGUGGGUUCAGAGUCCGAGGAGAAGCAGCUGUGUUCCCCAGCAACAUGGAGCUGAAGACCCUGGCCCUGAACGCGUUUGCACAAAACAAGCAAGCCGCCCUCCUCAUCGGGGGAGCCGGCGUCGCUUUUCUGGGACUCGGCCUCGGCUAUAAAUACCUGCGAAAGCCCGAAAAAGUAGUCCGUGUGGGCGUAGUGUCUCAGCUCCUCAUUCACCCGCUGAAGUCUGGCAGAGCCGUGUCUGUUCCCCUGGCGGAGUGCCUCCAAAUCGGCCUGAAGUUUGGAGAGCUGCAGGAUCGACACUGGCUGGUGGUGACGGAGGAUGGUCACAUGGUGACGGGCCGACAGCAUCCUCGCCUGGUCCUCCUCUCUCUGACCUGCGAGGACGGCCAUGUUUGUUUGAGCGGCCCGGACAUGGAGGAGCUGAGAUUCCCCGUCAAACAGCCCGACAACAGAGUCAUCGGCUGCAGAGUUUUCGGAGCGGACAUCCAGGGUCGGGACUGCGGAGAAGAAACGUCCCGCUGGCUGACCCGGUUCCUGGGGAAGGAGCAGACCUUCCGCCUCGUGCACUUUGAACCCCAGAUGAGAGGGAGGCAGUCUCAGGACGCUGGGCCGCUGCUCCCUCCCUUCGAGGUGGCGUAUCCGGACGAGGCUCCUGUGAUGCUCCUCUCCGAGGCCUCCGUGCAGGAUCUGAGCAGCCGGCUGGAGGAAGACGUCACUGUGAAGCGUUUCCGCCCAAACAUCGUGAUCAGUGACUGUGAAGCCUUCGCUGAGGACUCGUGGGUAGAUAUCCAGAUCGGCAGCGUGAGGCUUCAGCGUGUGAAGUCAUGUGGACGGUGUGUUUUCACCACCGUUGAUCCUGAAACGGGAGUGAUCUCCAGGAAGGAGCCUCUGGACACACUGAAAAGCUAUCGCCUGUGCAAACCCUCGGAUCAGCACAUCUACCAAAAGUCUCCUCUGUUCGGACAGCUGCUCAUCGUGAAGCAGGCGGGGAUCCUGCAGGUCGGAGACGUCGUGUACAAGAUCAGCCGCUGAUGAAAGGAGUGACUAACAUGUUACAUGUUAUUACAUGUACAGCACUUUGGCUCGACCAAAAAUCACUUUUAAAUGUGCUUUUAUAAAUAAAACUUGAUUUGAUUUGAUGUUAACUACACUUUCACGGUAUAAUCACUGUGCUAAUCCACACCGAAGAAAGCACUUGCAUAGACGUUGUGUGCACGCUGUAUUUUCUAGAGAAGCACAAAUGAGCCACAUAAAUGUUCACUGUCUUCAAAUGGUGCUGUGAUUCACACAUAUGAGGUAAUGCUGUUGACAGUACAGUAACAAACAUGUAUUGUUGGUUAUUUUGACUGCAUACUGUAUAUGUGAUAUCAGUUGUUUUGUAACACUACCGGUGCUUGAAUUAAAGAAUACCUGAAUUGUCACCUC